AUGUACACCGUGUUCAAUGGCAUUGUGGGCGCACAUAAAAGUCGGAGAAAGUGUCAUGUUUACAUUCAUUUGGGCACCGCAUCAGGAGAGAUUCCCAUCACCCAAUCUCAACCAUGGGUCGGCCUCGACUUUACCACAGUCCAGAAGAAAAAGCGCUCGCCGUCCGCGCCUCAAAAGAAAAGUACUAUUCGAAGAACCGUCACUCUAUCUGCCGAGAUGGAAUUCAAAGUGGAGAAGGAGGACAACAGUACUAGCACGCACCCUUAUGCUGUCGUCCUCCGUGCUAGAGAGGCUUUUGAAGAGGUCACGCAGGGGGAUCUUCACGAGUUCAAACACGCGCUUGCAACAAAAUGUGCCGAAAAUCCAAAUUGCGAUGCAGCGAACCUGGUAUCGCAAGUCAAGGAAACAUGGAUUAAGUCUCUACCUGCCAUCCACUGCGCUUUGGACAUAAUCCUUGAAGAAGAUGGGGGUGGGGACCUUUGGCGCGCCGCAGAUAAGGUUGCGCGUGAUUACAGGAUCAGUGUUUAUUUUUUGGAGGAGAUCGAGCGUCUCACCACUUCUCAACACACAAAUUCUCAUCACGUUCAUAUGGUCAAACCUCGCAUGCGCGGCUGUGUCCAGCCAGUGGACGAUGCCCCCUUGCCUCACAGAAAUACCCCACAACCCGAAACGCCGCCGGAGAUGGUGCCCUUAAAGGUUCAACAAAUCAAGACAAUCGAGAUCUUGAAGCCCACCUUCCUCCGAGCAUACAAGGAAAACCAGGUCGACGAGUUUUUUACCAGAGCGGCUGGCCUUUGGUGUGAGCGCUUCCCAGAGCCAGAAGCAGAUAUCGUUACUCGCCCUUUCGAAGACGACCCUGACUAUCUUGUCUUUGUUUCCAAGCUCAGAAAAGAGUGGCUCAAACGGCGCAUAUUCUGGCUCACUUUCAUUUUUCCCCAAAAUAAGCGGCGUUCGCCACCGAUCAAGUUGACGUGGGUGAGGUUGAUGGACCAGGCUGAAAGGCUGAUCAGGAAGGAUAUGCCGCCUCGCAAGAUGGAGGGAUGUAUCAUUGUAUUCAGAAAACUACUACCUUUACAGUUGAACUUCUUUCGCUCUGAAGUAGAACCUAACGACUACGACCAUGCAGAAGAAGAUGGAUACGUGCAUGUCGAGGAGUUCGCGGAUGAGACCUCGACGUCCAUUCCGCAUGUCAUCAGCAAGGUUGCUUCCAAACGGUACCCAACAUCGGAUGAACCCCUUUUAGAAUGGUCUGGAAAGCAUGGCGAUGGCAUCGGCUGUCGACAGGAAUACCUUUCAGAGUUGCUGAGGCUGGAGGGACCAGGCGAUGCUUGUCAAUGGGCAGGGUGUUGUAUGUCGUGUAAUGGCGAUGAUGGGACUUUUCGAUGCAAGGAUUGUAUCGGAGGCAUUUUGGAAUGCCGACUGUGUUGUCUCGCUCGUCACGAGCAUCUUCCCCUACACAUAAUUGAGGAAUGGACAGGCGACUACUUCGAGAAGGUUUCCCUGAAGUCAAUGGGUCUCCGUGUGGCCCUCAAUCAUCUUGGCGGCAAGUGCGUUCGACCCCAACCUGGACAUAUGGACUUCAUAGUCCUCCACACCAAUGGAAUUCACCACGUAGCCGUCGAUUUCUGUGGCUGCGAGAAGCGAAUACCCAAUCGUCAACAGCUUCUUCGAAGCCAGUGGUUCCCAGCUACAAUCCAUGCACCACAGACCUGCACCACUUUCCGGCUGCUGGAACUUUUCCAUAUCGUCACACUCACCGGCAAAUUGUCCGCGCACGAAUUCUAUCGCUCGCUGGAACACUUAACUGAUAAUACAGACCUCGAUGUGCCUAAAACUCGCUACAAAUCAUUCAUGCGCAUGGUAUGCGAAUUCUGUCACCUCAAAAUGAUGAAGCGAGCAGGCCGUGGCAACAUAUCCGGAGGUCUCACCAGCACCAAGGCUGGCAAUCUCUGCAUCAAAUGCCCAGCCUGUCCGAUCCCCGGAACCAACCUGCCUGAUGAUUGGAAGAACGUGACACCGGAAAUGAAAUUUUUAGUGACCCUCAUCGUGGCCAUGGACACGAACUUUCGCUUGAAAAAUCUUAUAAGGUCGUCGCUCGCUAAGGACCCUGGACUCCAUACGGGGCUCGCAUACUUCCCGCCUGACGAGCCUUACCGCCGGCACAUUCUCAAGUACGCUUCCCAGAAGGACAUCAGCCAUUGCAGUGGAUUCAAGACCAUGGCACAUGCGGAUUCCAAGUUCUCCGCCGGAUUGCGAUCGACGGGUGUGGGGAUGUGCAUAUGUGCACGUCAUGAGAUGGUUAGAGCCGGCGGUGUUGGUGAUCUCCAAAAAGGCGAAAGAUAUUGUAAUAUGGACUUCAUAUUGCUCUUGGCGCUGGCACCUUGCCACCUUCUGAACGUAUUUAUAUCUUAUGACAUAGCAUGGGUGGGCCGAACGGAUGGCGAGGGAAUCGAGCGAAGCUGGUCGGAGAUGAACCGCGUUGCCAACAGCACCAAGGAAAUGGGACCAGGUUCACGCCACGAUACCCUGGACGACCAUUUUGGACAUCACAACUGGCGAAAAAAGGUGGCGCUAGGAAAUACUCUUCAUUCGCGCCUUCGUCUAGCUACCGCGGAAUCAAAAUGGCAGCGUGUUAUUUACGAGGAGUUUACUGCAUCACUGCCCGACGUGAAAUUUGAACGGGAAUGGACGACGAUGAUAACUGCCUGGGAGAAGGACGCGUCAAAACCCAACCCGUACGUAACAUUAACGACACACGACUCUGAAGACGCAGUAAAGCGUGUGCUAUUGGAGGAGGAGGGUGAAGAACUCAAGAAGGGAGUACCGCAAAUUCACGAUACCGGCCCCACCGCCUUCAUGACCAUGGCACUAUUGAUUGAGGAGACACAACGACGAGUUGAUUGGGACGCGCAGAAGCCAUCGCUUACAGCGCAAGAAGAAACUAUGAUACAGAAGCGUCGCCUUUUACUCCACCGCCAAUUGAAACAUUUUCGUGAAGUCCAGUCAUCAUACAUACCUUCAGCCGCCCUCAUGAUUGAAUUGGAAGAGGAAUCUCGCCGGCAGAUUCCUGAAGCGACACGCCCAAGGGUGGAAGUAGAGAGUCAGAUCCUGUGGCUGCCGUCGAACCUUCCUCCAAACCAUCGGGAGCACGGAUGUCACCCCAAACUGGCAGGAAUCGAGCUCAAGCUGCGACGGGCACAGUGUAACGACACUCUCAAAAAAGUCCGUUCUCUGCAACGGGCUCGGUUGUCCAUGAUUGGCUUUCGCAAUCGAAAUAUCCGCGGACAGGCUCCCAACACUCGAUCCAUCGACAGUAUCCGACACGUGGAAGAUAAGUGCCUGGCAGCUGCGGCCAAGUACAACGCCGCACGAGCGGCUUUAUUGGCGCUGCAGAGUCCGGGAGAUCGGGAGCCAGAGCUCCGUGAGCUGCGCCGUGGCGAUCUCACGACACCUGAUGCCACAGAGCUCUGCAUUGAGGACCCAAAUGACAAUAUUGGGCAGGACGGAAAGGCAAAGUCGAAGAAACAGAAGAAGAUCGAUCAACUGGGGCUAGGUGAAGGGAAACGGAAGAUAUCGUGGAUCUGGAGGGUUGCGGGGGCAAUGGGAGAUGGUGGGGAUGACAUUUUGAAUGAUGCCCUGCGGAUUGAAUGGGCAAAGAGCCGGGCGCGCCAUCUGCGAUGGUCGGAGGAGGUGCUAUUGCUAAAGGAAGAGAUGAGACGGGUACGUAAGACCCUGGAGAAGAGAGCAGCCUGGUGGCAAGCACGUGAGGAACCCUGGGAGGGUUUGGAUAGGGCAGAAGCAGAGGGAGUGCGUGCAUACGCGAGACGACAGGCCGUGAUGGAAAAAGCCCUCUAUGAGUGCUUUACACGCCUGUGGGAUGACCCUCUGUCUCCCUUGGUGAAUCGGGAGGACAGUGGCGAGGGCCCUGGACCAGGGGUAGACCCCGCGCUAGAAGCAAUGCUGGAGGAGGAGGAGGAUUUCUAG